AUGUAUAAACGCAAACCCAGUUCAAUAUUGCUCAUUUUCUCCUUAAUUUUCCUUUUCUUGCUCCCCCUUUUGAUCCAUUCCAUAUCAGCAGAUGAAGAUGCUGAUGAUUUGGAAGACAUUCAAGAACUCAUAGCAUUAGAUGAGCAAGAAGAAGUAAAUUCACUACCCACUUAUGAAAAUAAGGAUUAUGAUAGAAAAUCUGAGGCUGAGGUUUUAAGUAAGGCCCAGAGAAUUGUUCUUGAGCUUAAUAACGAUAAUACCAAGAGGGCUAUUGAGGAAAAUGAGUAUGUUUUGGUAUUGGGUUAUGCACCAUGGUGUGCUAGAAGUGCUGAGUUAAUGCCAAGAUUUGCUGAGGCUGCAAAUGUUUUGAAGGGAUUGGGGAGUACCCUUUUGAUGGCUAAGAUUGAUGCUGAGAGGUAUCCUAAAGCUGCCUCAAAUCUUGAGAUCAAAGGGUACCCUACACUGCUUUUGUUUGUCAAUGGCUUGUCUCAGCCGUACACUGGUGGCUUUUCGUCGGACGAAAUCGUGAUUUGGGCAAGGAAGAAGACUGGCGCGCCUGUUAUUAGAAUUAACUCAGUCAAUGAGGCAAAUGAGUUCCUGAUGAAGCAUUUUAUGUUUGCAGUUGGGCUUUUUGACAAAUUUGAGGGGCCAGAUUAUGAAGAAUUUGUUAAAGCUGCAAAAGCUGAUAAUGAGAUUCAAUUUGUUGAAACAAGCAGUGAAGAGAUAGCCAAGGUCUUAUUCCCAGAUAUAAAGCCUACUAAGCUUUUCUUUGGUCUUGUUAAAAGCGAACCAGAGCAGUACACUGUAUUCGAAGGUAACUUCAAUGGUGACAGAAUCUUGCAGUUUUUGGAUAACAACAAGUUCCCGUUAGUUACGACGUUGACUGAAUUUAAUUCUGCUAAAGUAUACUCAAGCCCCAAUAAACGGCAGGUGUAUGUCUUUGCUGAUGCUGAUGACUUCAAGAAGCUUCUUGAACCCUUGCAAGAGAUUGCUCGGAAGUUCAAAUCAAAGAUAAUGUUUAUAUAUGUUGAUAUUAGAGAGGAAAACCUUGCAAAGCCCUUCCUCACUUUAUUUGGUCUAGAAGAGUCGGAUGAUAUAGUAAUAAUUGCCUUUGAUUACAAUAGCAACACCAAAUAUCUGUUGGAGUCGGAUCCUGCUCCAAGGCACAUAGAGGAUUUCUGCACAAGGCUUCUGGAUGGGAGUCUGUCGCCACACUACAAAUCCCAACCAGUUCCCAACAAUAAAAAUGCAACCAUUCUAACUGUCGUGGGAAAGACAUUUGAUGAAUUGGUUCUCCACAGUCCUAAGAACAUUCUUCUAGAGGUCCACACACCAUGGUGUAUCAACUGUGAAACCACGAGCAAGCAAGUGGAGAAAUUGGUCAAGCAUUUCAAGGGAUUGGAAAACCUCGUUUUUGCAAGGAUUGAUGCUUCCACAAAUGAACAUCCACAUCUGCAGGUUGAGGACUACCCGACACUGCUGUUCUACCCGGCUAGUGACAAGUCGAAUCCGAUCAAUCUUCCCACGAAAUCGAGCUUGAAGGAGUUGGCAGCACUUAUUAACAAACAUUUAAAAUCCCAGGAGCCCUCGACCAAAGAUGAACUAUAG